AACCCGGCAGUAAUUAAUACCCGGUGUAAACAAAGAAUGCUUGUCGAAGCAAACGCAGCGAUUACUGAUUAGAAAUCGUUGAAUAAAGUCAACAUAAUAUAUUCGAGAAGCAAUCAGUCGUGCAGCAGAUGACGGCCAAGUGAGAAGUGUCCUACAGUACGCGCAUCCUCUACCGGUAUACUGCCAGGUUUCGUGGUGUCUCUUCUCGACCUACCGUAAUUCGCAAUAGAGAUCUAAACCAAGUUCAGUGUUGAAAGAAGCGUUGUUAGAAGUGGUUUAGUGUGAACGGUUUUGAGCUAGAGCAAAGGAACGAUGGUUGAUCAAGCUAAUCCGGGUAUCGAGAAGCUGCUGGAGUUGGACGGAUACUUGAGAUUGCAUGAGCGCGAAAUAAGACGAAGAAAUAAUGAACUGCGUAACUGGAUUAACAAGCUGAAUCAACUUGAAGGAGGGCUGGAUGAGUUCACACAGGGUUAUAAAUACUACGGAUUGCAUAUUGCUUCCGACAACAGCUUGGUGGCACGUGAGUGGGCGCCCGGUGCACAGCAGCUUUAUCUGACCGGCGAUUUUAACAACUGGCAAUGGGAAGCCACCCCGUACAAAAAGCUCCCAUAUGGAAAAUGGGAGUUGACGCUGCCGGCCAAUUCGGACGGCUCGUGCCCAAUCAAACACCUUUCUGAAAUUAAGGUUAUUGUGCGCAAGCAGGAUGGCCAGCUGGUGGACCGUUUAUCCCCCUGGGCUAAAUAUGUGGUUCCACCGCCAAAAUCUAUGGGUGUAAAUUAUCAGCAACGUGUAUGGCACCCGCCAGCCCAUGAGAAAGUUACGUUCCAUCAUAAGAGACCGGCUCGGCCGCGAGCUUUGCGCAUCUACGAAUGCCACGUGGGAAUCGCUACCGAGGAGCUUGGCGUUGGAACGUACAAGAAUUUUGCCGAUAACAUCAUUCCCAGGAUCAAGAAACUGGGCUAUAAUACCAUUCAAGUGAUGGCCAUUAUGGAGCAUGCGUACUAUGCCAGUUUUGGCUACCAGGUCACGAGUUUCUUUGCGGCAUCGAGUCGACCGGGAACACCGGACGAACUGAAGUACAUGGUCGAUAAGGCUCACGAAGCAGGCCUGUUUGUACUGCUAGAUGUGGUCCACUCGCAUGCUAGCAAGAACACUCAGGAUGGAUUGAACCAGUUUGACGGUACGAAUGCAUGCUAUUUCCAUGAUGGAGCACGUGGGGAGCAUUCACUGUGGGACAGCCGUCUAUUCAACUAUUCAGAGUACGAAGUACUCCGUUUUCUGCUGUCCAAUCUACGCUGGUGGCAUGAUGAGUAUGGCUUUGAUGGAUAUCGUUUCGAUGGUGUUACUUCCAUGUUGUAUCAUUCCCGGGGUAUCGGGGAAGGCUUUUCCGGCGAUUACAACGAAUAUUUCGGAUUGAACGUCGACACUGAAGCAUUGAUCUAUUUGUCCAUUGCUAACGAUUUCCUGCAUAAGCUGGAUCCAAAUGUUAUCACUAUCGCAGAGGACGUUAGUGGCAUGCCGACUUUAUGUCGCCCAACCGACGAAUGUGGCGUCGGAUUCGAUUACCGCUUGGGAAUGGCCAUCCCAGAUAAGUGGAUUCAACUUCUUAAAACCAAGAAAGAUGAAGAUUGGAAUAUUGGAAACAUCGUCCACACGUUGACUAAUCGACGCUGGAAGGAGAGCACGGUAGCCUAUGCCGAGUCUCAUGACCAAGCUCUGGUCGGCGAUAAGACAAUCGCAUUCUGGUUGAUGGAUAAGGAAAUGUACACGCACAUGUCGACGUUGUCCGAGCCGAGUUUGAUUAUUGAUCGUGGAAUUGCUCUACACAAAAUGAUUCGUCUGAUCACACAUGCUUUGGGUGGGGAGGCGUAUUUGAAUUUCAUGGGUAACGAGUUUGGCCAUCCGGAGUGGCUCGAUUUCCCGAGAGUCGGUAAUAACGAGUCGUAUCAUUAUGCUCGACGGCAAUGGCAUUUGGUGGAUGACCAGAUAUUGAAGUAUCGAUUCCUAAAUGAGUUUGAUCGCGCGAUGCACCACACAGAGGAAAAGUACCACUGGCUGAACUGUCUGCCGGCGUACGUGAGCUGGAAGCAUGAGGAUGAUAAGGUGAUCGCAUUCGAGCGCAAUAACUUACUGUUCAUAUUCAACUUCCACAACAGUAAGAGUUUUACCGAUUAUCGUAUCGGAGUGGAACUUGCUGGCAAGUACAAAAUAGUUCUCAGCUCUGACGAUAAGGAGUUCGGCGGAUUCGACCGGAUCGAUAAGAAUGUUGUACACAGCACAUUCCCGGAAGGUUGGGCUGGUCGGCGGAACUACAUACAACUGUAUGUACCAUCUAGAGUGGUUAUAGUGCUGGCACCGCAACAAUAGUAAGCUGAUAGCGAUUGUGAUUAUAUAUGUUUGGCCAUUUUAUAGAUUAUUCCUGUUGGUUAUGUAGACGUAGAGGCAUAUUUAUAAAUAUGAUAGAAAGUUGCUUACAGUAAAUACAUUAGUGUACAAAAAAG